GAUCGAGAUACAUUUAAGGAAUAUCUUCUUCAUGAUGCAUACAAUGAAGGAAAACAAUUAUGGAAUCUCUAUUCUAGUGAUGAACAAAAGGCUCUUGAUGCAAUGAAAUACAGUUUUGCCGAUUAUGGAGAUAUUGUGAAAGGUGAUGAUAUGAUGAACGAUUUAGAUCGUGUACAAAAACAAUUAAGUUCGAUAUUUAAACAAAAUGGAAGUGUAACUGGAACUGAAUCUGAUAAUCGUAAGCAAUGGUGGGAGAAAAAUAAACAAAAAGUUUGGAAUGUUAUGAUGUGUCAUUAUAAUGGAAAAGAGAAAACAGAUACUGAAUGUCCAAAACACGAUGAUAUUGAUGAUGAUCCACAAUUUUUGAGAUGGUUAACUGAAUGGGCUCAACUUUUUUGUUAUGAAAAAGUAGAUGAAGCAAAAACUAUUGUAAAACAAUGUAUAGAAAAGGAUAAAAUACAAAAGGCCACAAAAAUUAGUGAGAUAGGAGACAAAAAAUGCCAACAAUUAUUAAAGAAAUAUAAACAUUGGUAUAAGAGUAGAAAUCAACAAUGGGAAGGAUUGAAGGACGCAUAUAAAAACUAUAAAACAAAUAAUGUUUCGUCCGGAAGUGGAAAACUACCAUCAGAGGCAGAUGCUGAAAAAUAUCUGAAAAAAAAAUGUCCUAAAUGUGAUUGCAACUAUGAUGAUUUGCAAAAAAUAUCUAAGUACCAAAACCAACAAGAACAAUUAUUGAAGGAAUUAACGAAACAAGCUAAAUAUGAUACUAUUGAUCCUAAGAAUACCCCACUGUACAAAUUUUUAACUCUUGGUGGACUAGCUCCAACAAUUAUUGAAAAUGCAUUUAAAACUACUGCAGGUAUAAUUGAUAAAGGAAUAGAGUAUGGACCUCAAGCUGUAGAUAUUGCAAAAGAUGUUUUGAAGAAACUUA